AUGUCUUUCGAUUCCAUACCUGAUGCCAUUAAGGCUUAUAAGGAAGGACAGUUUUUAGUUGUCCUUGAUGACGAAAGUCGAGAAAACGAAGGUGAUCUAAUUAUCGCUGCGUCCCAAGUCACUACUGAAAAAAUGGCAUUCCUUGUCAGAUACUCGUCUGGAUAUGUUUGUGCGCCCGUCAGUAAAGAGAUUGCUGAUAGGUUAGAACUACCAUUGAUGCUUGCGGACAGAUCUGACCGUCAUGGUACUGCCUAUACUGUUAGUGUUGAUUUUGCAGAGGGUACUACUACUGGUAUUUCAGCUCAUGAUAGAGCACUUACUGCUCGAAAAUUGGCUGAUCCCACUACUAAGGCCGACGAUUUCCUUAAACCUGGUCAUUUAUUACCAUUACGUGCUGUGGAUGGAGGUGUUCUUGCUCGCCGAGGACAUACUGAAGCCGCUGUCGACCUGUCCAGGCUUGCAGGAUUUGAACCAGCGGGCGUUAUCUGCGAAAUUGUUCGUGAUGAAGAUGGUCUUAUGGCUCGGAGGGAUGACUGUCUCAAAUUCGCUAAGGAACAUAAUAUGAAGAUCAUUACCAUUGAUGCUUUGGUGGAACAUUUGAAAUCUGCAUCCUCGUAA